CUCACGGUGAUGUGGAGUUCAGUGGCACGACUGAAAUUAAUUUGAUUUUAGAAAUGUAACUGACCUGCAAUUCUUCCGCCGAACGUUGGGUGGCAAUACUACCAGCAUAGGUAUUGGAUACAAUAGGUACUCAUUAAAUAACGUGACUUACGGAAUGUGGUUUGUUUUGGCGGGAAAGAGACGCUUUUGUAAACAAAGAAACGUCACAACAACGCGACACAGUUGUAAGAGCCUAUGACGAUUAAUCUCAGCGACGGAAGUGGCACUCCCCAAAACAAACGAGUGACAACAAUGGAGAACAUCCGCUCGAUGGUGUUCUUUCUGCUCGGCGUGUGGCUCUUUAUCACCAGGAGAAGACAAGCUUUGUUCGAGCGGAGGCUUCAGGCUGCGCGGAGGAACACUGCAGAGAAAAUGAGGAGAGUUUGGGAAUUGUUGGAGGACGACUCGUUUCCGAGACGUAGACUGCGACGCCAGAUGAUGCUUCAAUUGCUGCUCAAGCGCCGGCGCCGCCCAAGCAUCUGGGCGGUGCGUCGCUCCAACGUGUGGUGGGACCAGAUCGUCCCGGGCUUUACGCGCGACGAGUGGGUGCGCCACUUCCGCAUGUCUGAAGAGACCUUCCUGGACAUUUGCGCCAAGCUGCGGCCGGCCAUGGAGAAGCGCGACACCAACUUCCGCGUGUGCGUCCCGCUCAAGAAGCGAGUGGCCAUCGCUCUCUGGAAGCUGGCCACCAACAGCGAGUACCGAAGCAUCAGCCACCUGUUUGGCGUCAGCAAGACCACGGUGUGCCGCUGCCUGCGCGAAUUCUGCUCGGCCGCCUGCGCGCUGCUGCUGCCGCGCCACAUUCGCUUUCCCGAUCCGGAGACGCUCGCAAGGACGGCGGCCGAGAUCGAGGCGAGCUGGGGGCUUCCCCGCUGCGUCGGCGCCAUCGAGGGCUCCCACAUUCCCAUCAUAGCGCCUCAGGAGAACCACCGGGAUUACAUCAACGCCAGAGGCUGGCAUUCCAUCAUCCUGCAAGGCGUGGUGGAUGGCAAGGGCCUCUUUUGGAGCACGUGCGCGGGCAUGGCCGGGGGGCUGCGCCACACCCGAGCGCUCAGAGAGUCUUCGUUGUGGGAGAUGGCAGAGCAAGGGAGGUUCGACCCCAGCUUUUACAUCCUGGGGGACUCUGCUUAUCCGUUGAAGCCGUGGCUGCUGAAAGCAUUCCGGCAAGACGCCACGCUGACGCCAGAGCGCCGCGCGUACAACGAGAGCGUGCGGCGCGCCAGAGCCACCGUACGCGCGGCCUUUUCCCGACUCAAAGGCAGAUGGCGCUGUCUGACCAAGAGGAACGACAGCGACAUCCAAGUGGUCAAAUCCAUGGUGUUGACUUGCUGCGCUCUGCAUAAUAUAUGCGAGAGGCACUCCGAGGAAUACAGGGACCAAUGGGACACGCCUGGCCUGUCGGAGAUGCAGGAUGUAGACGACGAAGAGGAUGAGGAGGAGGAGGAAGAAGGCGGGGAUGUACGUGACAGUCUCGUGAGAUUUUUAACAAUGUAGCACUUUGAAAAGAAAAAAAACUUUGUGUUUAUUUUGCCUGAAUGUCAUUUGUACACUUGUACAAAUUUCUGAAAAGUUUUCAUUAAAUACCAAAAUAAUUUGGUCACC